UUUCAGAAUGCACUCAGCCAGAAUUCAACAGUUUGUCAGACGUCUUCAACGCCCAUCCAUUCAGGGAGACCAUGUUUAUAUUUCAAGCAAAUACACAAGUCGUUUGUUUAUUUGUGAGCAAGAAGAAGUUAACAAAAUGAUUGAAUCAUAUCAAAAAAUUGACGACAAAUAUGCAUUGUUUGAACAAAUGUUCCUUACAAUAUUUUUGGAGCAGGAAGUCGAAAUGGCUUACAGUUUUGGGCUUGAGAAUUUGAAUGAGCAACAACUUAAGGUUGAACAGAAAUUCAGAACUCAUGUGGGAAAAUUUCAACGAUUCAUUACAGGAAUCAUUGACAUGCUUUCGAAAGGUGUUGAAAGUUCAGAUCAGAUUGUUGAAAUUCUUAGAAUCGUUGGUCGUCAACAUGGAAACGUGCGGACGAUGAGUUUCACUGCCGAGAAGUGGCUCAUUUUCAAGAAUGUGCUCCUUGACCUCCUGUGCAAGGAUGCAAAUGAGAAAGUGGGUGCAACGUGGAAUAAGCUCAUCAGUUUUAUGAUCUCUGAAGUUAAGGACAGCUAUUUGGAGCAUGUACGUCACGCUCGUUCAUCUUCAUGUCCACAAAUCAAUUCAUACCGUUUCAUUGCGUCUCGCUCAAAACGUCUUCGUUCCCGAAAACAUUCGGAAUCAGCAAACAAACUGGGACGCAUUGAAUCUGGAAAAGCGCUCGACGGGUGAUUGGAGAUAACUUGCAAUACCACUCAAAAGGCAUAUCUUUUUCAUUUUUCUCUUCUCUUUUCUCAUUUAAUGACACAUUUUGUACAUACAAUAGACUCAUAGAGACAAUGAAAAAUCGUUUAUUUUU